GACUGAUUUAAAUGUAUUUACUGUAUAUUUUGUUGAGCCUUCUAAAUAGGUUAGUAGGUCACAUAGUGAAAGUCCUGAAUUCAUGGAGGUACAUUUUAAUGUUCUGUAGUAUUUGCAGAUCUGACUGUAACACUAACUCUGCACAUCUAGCUUAAGGAUAGAAAGAAAGUAGUUUUUCCAGCACCUAAUCAUUAUACAGUGGAGAAAAUCUGGUUGAUGGAUGACAACAACUAGUUUCAUAGUAACUAGUAUCUGCUAUCCAGUGAAGAAUUUUGAGAAUUUAUAAUACAGCAGCAAUGUGUGAGAUCCCAUUACAAUUUGUCGCUCCAAUAAAAGUCCUUGGGUCUGUCUGAUGUGUUCAAGUGUGCAUUGCGGAAGAUAUGUGAAUGGACAUGCCAAGAAACACUAUGAAGAUUCCCAGAUGCAUUCCAACAAUGUAAAAAAAUCAGAAAAGCAUGAAAAAGAGAAGUUGCAGCAUGCAGUAUGUAUGGAUUGCAGCAGUUACAGCACCUACUGUUAUAGGUGCGAUGAUUUUGUGGUGAAUGAUACCAAGAUGGGACUGGUGCAGAGGGUCAGAGAGCAUCUACAGAACUUGGAGAAUUCAGCUUUUUCCGCAGACAGACACUGCAAAAGAAAGCUGAUGGAAAGUUCGUCCAUGAACAACAAGUAUUUGAAACUUAAUGGAGGAACCUCUGCCAUAUGUGCUACAGGACUUCGGAAUCUUGGGAACACCUGUUUUAUGAAUGCCAUCCUCCAGUCACUCAGUAACAUUCAGCAAUUUUGCUGUUAUUUCAAGGAGCUGCCAGCAGUGGAACUGCGUAGUGGUAAAACUGCAGGUAGACGUACCUAUCACACCAGAAGCCAGGGUGACAACAGUGUUUCCCUGGUGGAAGAGUUCCGGAAAACGCUCUGUGCUUUAUGGCAAGGAAGCCAGACUGCAUUCUGUCCUGAGUCUCUCUUCUAUGUCAUUUGGAAGAUCAUGCCAAAUUUCAGAGGAUAUCAGCAACAAGAUGCUCAUGAAUUUAUGCGAUACUUGUUAGACCACCUACACUUGGAGCUUCAGCGAAGCUACAAUGGUAUGACAACUUCAUUUAUUUUACCAGACAGCUCGAGCAUCUCUUCCUCCAGUAAAUGCUGCAUAAAUGGUGUUUCAACAGUUGUCACUAAUAUAUUUGGAGGAAUACUUCAGAACGAAGUCAAUUGUCUAAUAUGUGGAACCGAAUCUCGGAAGUUUGAUCCAUUCCUUGAUCUUUCAUUAGAUAUCCCAAGUCAGUUCAGAAACAAAAGAUCCAAGAAUCAGGAUAGUGGACCAGUAUGUACACUACGGGAUUGCCUGCGCAGUUUCACAGACCUGGAGGAGUUGGAUGAAACAGAGCUAUAUAUGUGCCAUAAGUGUAAAAAGCGACAGAAGUCCACCAAAAAAUUUUGGAUUCAAAAGUUGCCAAAGGUGCUAUGUUUGCAUCUGAAGCGAUUUCAUUGGACAGCUUAUCUGCGAAACAAGAUAGAUACAUAUGUAGAGUUCCCUCUGCGAGGCCUAGACAUGAAGUGCUUCUUAUUGGAGCCUGAGAACAGUGGUCCGGAGAGCUGUCUGUAUGACCUUGCAGCAGUGGUGGUGCACCAUGGUUCAGGAGUUGGCUCAGGUCAUUAUACUGCAUAUGCAACUCACGAAGGACGCUGGUUCCACUUCAAUGACAGUACUGUUACAUUGACUGAAGAAGAAACUGUAGUGAAGGCCAAGGCCUACAUCUUGUUCUAUGUGGAACGCCACACCAAAUCGGGAUCAGGCACCAAAUUUUAAUGCAACCUAACGUUUUUUAUAUGCAAGUGUUUCCCAGCCAAUACUGAAUUGGAGCACGCACAAACAGUUCUACAUUUCCACAAGUACUUGAUAGCUCAAGGCUUCUUUACAUCUUGCACUUUUAAAUUGCUGAUGAUAAUUUUGUUUUUGCACCAUCACUCAUGCUGAUACAUCAAUGACAGCUGGUUAAUUUUAGUGUAUCACAGGGUAUUUUGAAAUCUAGUGGUUGCUGUUGAUCAAGAAUUUGGAGGCUCUGACAUUGAACUGUUAUAUUUUAAAAUGGCCUCUUUAGAGUAAAUUGUAGAAUAGCAUUUGUUGUCCUCAAGGUGCAUCUACAUCAGGGUUUCAAACCUCUUGCAUAGCAUCUUGGUUUGUGAUUUCCUAAUGAAACACAAGUAUGUUGAUUUUAGCCAUUUCUGUGGUAGAAUGAUCUGAGUAACAGGACAAGUGUAAUAAAGAUUGUGGACAGAGUCCCUGAGGGGUUUUGUUUUAACAGGUUAAUAUUUUCAUGUCUUCAAACAAGUACUGUGUAUGCCUAGGACCUGGUCUUAGCAUUCUGAUACAUUCAGUGUAAAUGCACCUUGACUUUGCAGUGCUAUAUCUUAUUCUCUUGUAUAUGCCCAAUAAUUUUUUAAAAAUGAAAACAGAUCAUUGUCUAAUUUUGUUGCCAAUUCUCAUGCAACCAUUGUAAACACUGGUAACUCAAAACAGUGGCAUUCUGCUCCACACGCACCUAUUUUGCACAAUUAGGUUUGUGCUUUUACAUUGUAAUUUGGGUAUUCAACUUCAUUUUUUUUUAAAGAAGCAUUGAAUCUUGGAAAUGAGUUUUCAAAGGGGAAUGAUGGAGCAAAGAAAAAUUGAACCGCUGAGUUUUAAAAAUUGGACUCUGAUUUAUCCCAAUACUUUGCUGGGCAGAGUAGGGUUUAUGUACAGCUGUCCGCAUCACUCACUGGCAAUGAUUUGCUAAGGUUUGAUUAGAUGCAGGCUGGAAAAAUGGCUUGUAAUUUGUGUUUUUUUUACCUGAUGAAGAGAAAUGAAAAGAUGCCAGGUUACCUGAGAGGAAACUUGGCAGUUAAUCUUUAACAAAUUGUGUACACAACAUGGAACAGUGGGUAUAGCAAUUAAGACUUUUACUCAUGUAAAAUGGUAUAUUUUCAUGCCAGUAUAAGUCCUUUUUAUCAAAGGCGCAUUCUCAUUAAUUCUGUUAUGGUGGCCUAAGUAGUGUUUUUGAAACUGAAUGUUUAAUUCACAUAAUGAGAUGGAAUGAUGUAUUUGCAUGCGGAUGUACUGUGCUAGGCGGCAGCUGCGGAAGAAAAAGCCAACAAGCAUUUGGGAGGUUUUCAACAGAUCAGUCUCUUCAAUGUGAAAACACAUUCUAAACUUGAAUUGCUUAUUAAAACUGUAUAAACUUAUUUAAAUGCUAAUGUUUUUGGUUGCAAAACAUGAACUGACAUAGUAAUAACAUGAGAUUUAUUCAGUUUAAACCCCACAAAAACCUGAUUGUAUAUGUACUACUAUGGCUGCUUAUAAUGGUAUGUAUAUUAGUAAAUGUUCAUGUAUUGUUUCACUGAUAGUAAAGUGCAAUGUUAAUGAUGCAAAA